AUGUUGUCCAGCGUGAGUGCGCGGUCGCAGGUGAAGGUGCCGGUGGGGCGGGGCCAUGCGCGACCCUGCCAGGCUCGGGCUCCGGCGCGGCGCACCGUGUUGGUGCGCGCCGCGUCGGACGAUGACGACGACGACUUCGAGGAGCGGAUCAGGCGGCUGAAGCUGGCGAAGGGCCAGACGCCGAUGGGGGAGGGGAAGAAGAAGGAGGGUACGUCCGGUCCGAAGACCGCGAAGAAAGCCCCCAAGAAGGUGUACGACUAUUCGAACGAGAAGCUCCACUACGAGGGGCCGCCGCACAGGGGUGACUUGGCCGUCAACAUUGCGCUGACGCCAACACUGGUGUGGCUUCCGCUCACCUUCGCGGCCAUCGGUCGCGCCGCUUUCGUCAAGUACAAGUUCACGGACCGCCGGAUUUCCGUCAUCACCACUGCUCCGUGGAAGAACGACCAGCUCGACGUGCCGUACCAGGAGGUGAAGAACGUGCAGGUCAUUGGGCGCGGCGUGGGCCUGUGGGGCGACAUGGUCAUCACGCUCGCGGACAACUCCAAGGUGGAGCUCCGCGCGCUCGACAAAUUCAUCGAGCUCAGGGACUACAUCAACGACAGGAGGAAGGAACUCGGCGGCAGCGCGUCGUCGUCGCCGUCUCGCGCGGCUGCGGACACCGCGGGGUUCUCGUGA